AUGCCAGUCAAGGAUGUAGCGAAAGAGACAUUGAACAAAGAGCCGAUAGCCGCACUCAAGAGCGACUGUCUAAGGUACUAUCAUCUUCGGAGGAAAUGGAAAGUAUCCUUGAUAGGCUCUUCCAAGAAAGGAUGUCUGAAAUACAGAGACGGCUUGAGACCCUUGAAGACAGAAUCAAUGAGCAAACCAGACAGUUGCAGAAGCCUGGAAAUGAUACUCUUCCAAAAUGUGCGUGUGCGUGAAGAGUUGGAAAAGAACUUUGAAGGCUUAGUGGACAAGAAGCUUGACCAAAUGCGCAAAGAAAUUCCAAACCCACCAGUCGUCGAUGAGAAGAGAUUGGAGGCAUUAAUGGAUGGGAAGCUCGAACAAGUGCGCAAAGAAAUUCCUGAAGCACCAGUCGAUGGAAAGAGGUUCGACGACUUGGUCCAGAAGGUUGAACAAGCUCAUAAAGAAGGUCCAAAAGUCUACGAGAAGGACUUGCAAACCUUGCUAGACAAGAAAGUGGAACAAGUUCUCGAAGGAAUCCCGAAGGCAUUGGCCGUCGACAAGAAGAUCAAACAAGUCUGCAAUGAGGUUCUGAGAGCACCCGCCUUUGGCAAGAAGGAAGCAGAGGACUUGGUGAACAAGAAGCUUGAGCCUGUGCGCAACGAGUUUUCAAAAGUACAAGCUGUUGACAAUGAGAAAGUUCAGGAUUUGGAUAAGAAAACUGAAGGACAUGCUCCGGUGGUGUCUAAAUUGGAAGGUGGUGUUAAAGAGUUGACCGAACGAGUCAAUACCAUGGACGAAGCGUCUAAAGAAACGUUCCGUUCACAAAGUGAGUCUCUCUCGAAUCUACGCGAAAAUGUCGAGAAACUGGAGAACGAACGAGAGCAGUUCGAGAGCGGUAGGUAA